CACGCGAGAGCUGCAGCGGACAAACGCGAUUGGUUCCGAUGAGGAUUCUAGUGAUUCCGCAACACACAGGCAGAGCGGGCGAGGGGAGCAGAGCUGCAACUUAGCCACAUGUUUAAAUGAUCUCUUUAGACAGAUUCAUUCUGGAAGUCGGUUUUUUGUUUUUUUGUUUUUUUUUUUAAAAGAGGAAGAUAUUGAAACAUCCAAUCGAGGCUGCGCUGUUGAUAUGAGUUGUUCAUUCAAGGUCUCACACGAAGGCUAGCGGAGCACAGCCGGCGAAUUCAAGCGGAGCCAGAGGAGCCCAACAGUUAACGUUAGCUAGCUGUAGCCUGUUAGCAAUCCGUUAGCUCCGGAGCCGCUAACUCGUUCACUCUAAAGCCACAGGCACCUGUCCGACGCGCUGUCCAGUGUCAUAGCUAAUUAACCGGUAACAGCCAGCACCGUGGACUCUUGCUCUAACAACAUUGCCAGGUAUUUUUUGUGCCAGGGUGACCUCAAACAGGAGGAGAGAACCGUGACGGGUUGAGGUUGGGACCAACAGGGCGAAACAAGCGGUGUCCUCAAGUGGCCGUUCACCAUGGACAACGCACACACAAAGACGGUCGAAGAAGUUUACAGCUUUUUUAACGUGAAUGAAAGCACAGGUCUGAGUUUAGAGCAAGUGAAGAAACAACGGGAGCAGUAUGGACCAAACGAAUUGCCAGCUGAGGAGGGUAAAUCCCUAUGGGAACUAGUGGUUGAACAGUUUGAAGAUUUGCUUGUGAGGAUCCUUUUACUUGCUGCCUGCAUAUCCUUUGUACUGGCCUGGUUUGAAGAGGGAGAAGAAACCGUUACAGCCUUUGUGGAGCCUUUUGUUAUCCUACUUAUUCUCAUAGCAAAUGCUAUUGUCGGAGUCUGGCAGGAGCGAAAUGCAGAAAAUGCCAUUGAAGCACUUAAAGAGUAUGAGCCAGAGAUGGGGAAGGUGUACCGCCAGGAUAGGAAGAGUGUCCAGAGAAUCAAGGCCAGGGACAUUGUGCCUGGGGACAUCGUGGAGGUAGCAGUUGGCGAUAAAGUGCCUGCAGACAUCAGGCUGUCUUCUAUCAAGUCAACCACACUGAGGGUAGACCAAUCAAUUCUUACAGGAGAGUCUGUGUCUGUGAUCAAACACACUGAUCCAGUGCCUGACCCACGUGCUGUCAACCAGGACAAGAAGAACAUGCUGUUUUCUGGCACCAACAUUGCAGCUGGUAAGGCUGUUGGUGUAGUGGUGGCCACAGGUGGAAACACAGAGAUUGGCAAAAUCCGAGAUGAGAUGGCAUCAACAGAGCAGGAGCGCACACCACUGCAGCAGAAGCUGGACGAGUUCGGACAGCAACUAUCCAAGGUUAUUACACUGAUCUGCAUUGCUGUGUGGAUCAUCAAUAUUGGACAUUUCAAUGAUCCCGUCCAUGGUGGCUCAUGGAUCCGAGGCGCGGUCUACUACUUCAAGAUUGCUGUGGCUUUGGCAGUUGCUGCUAUCCCUGAGGGUCUGCCUGCUGUCAUCACUACUUGCCUGGCUUUAGGGACACGCCGCAUGGCCAAGAAGAAUGCCAUUGUCCGCAGUUUACCCUCUGUGGAGACCCUUGGCUGUACAUCUGUCAUCUGUUCUGACAAGACUGGCACACUGACCACCAAUCAGAUGUCUGUGUGUAGGAUGUUUAUCAUUGAUCGGGCAGAGAGUGAUCACUGUUCAUUAAAGGAAUUCACUAUAACUGGCUCUACAUAUGCUCCGGAUGGGGAAGUGUUCAAUGAUGGCAAACCAGUCAAAUGUUCCCAGUAUGAUGCCUUGGUGGAGCUGGCCUCUAUCUGUGCUCUCUGUAAUGAUUCCUCACUGGACUUUAAUGAGACCAAAGGCGUCUAUGAGAAGGUGGGUGAGGCCACAGAGACGGCUCUCACAUGUCUGGUGGAGAAGAUGAACGUAUUCGAUACAGAUGUUAAAGGCCUGUCCAAGAUUGAGAGAGCCAACGCCUGUAAUUCUGUGAUCAAGCAGCUGAUGAAGAAAGAGUUUACCUUGGAAUUUUCCAGAGACAGGAAGUCCAUGUCUGUGUAUUGCACUCCUAAUAAAGCCCGUUCCUCUGUUGGCAAGAUGUUUGUAAAGGGUGCCCCUGAGGGAGUGAUUGACCGGUGCACACACAUCCGUGUAGGCAGUAACAAGGUGCCCUUGACCCCUGGCAUCAAAGACAAGCUAAUGUCUGUGAUCAGGGAAUAUGGAACUGGCAGGGAUACCCUGCGCUGCCUGGCUCUGGCCACCCGAGACAGCCUCAUGAACAAAGAUGAGAUGGUGUUUGAGGACUCCACCCGCUUUAUUGAAUAUGAGACUGAUCUGACAUUCGUUGGAUGUGUGGGUAUGCUGGAUCCUCCCAGGGCAGAGGUAGCAGCUUCUAUUAGACUCUGCCGUCUCGCAGGCAUCCGAGUAAUUAUGAUCACUGGAGACAACAAGGGAACGGCAGUGGCCAUCUGCAGACGUAUUGGGAUUUUUGGAGAAGACGAUGAUGUUUCCAGCAUGGCGUACACUGGCCGAGAGUUUGAUGAUCUGUCACCUGCUGCGCAGAGAGACGCUGUGAUCAAGGCCCGCUGCUUUGCCCGUGUUGAGCCUUCACAUAAAUCCAAGAUUGUGGAGUUUCUACAGUCUUAUGAUGAAAUCACAGCUAUGACUGGUGAUGGAGUAAACGACGCUCCUGCUCUAAAGAAGGCUGAAAUUGGUAUUGCCAUGGGCUCAGGAACAGCUGUGGCGAAGAGCGCCUCAGAGAUGGUGCUGGCUGAUGAUAACUUCUCGACCAUUGUAGCUGCAGUUGAGGAAGGCAGAGCCAUUUAUAACAACAUGAAACAGUUCAUCAGAUACCUCAUCUCUUCAAACGUGGGCGAAGUUGUCUGCAUCUUCCUGACUGCAGCUCUGGGGUUCCCUGAAGCCCUUAUCCCUGUCCAGCUGCUUUGGGUCAACCUGGUGACUGAUGGUUUGCCCGCCACUGCUUUAGGCUUCAACCCCCCAGACUUGGACAUCAUGAGUAAGCCACCACGUAACGCCCGCGAGCCCCUCAUCUCUGGAUGGCUCUUCUUCAGAUACCUAGCUAUUGGAUGUUAUGUGGGUGCUGCCACUGUUGGUGCUGCCGCCUGGUGGUUUGUUGCUGCUGAGGAUGGUCCAAGGAUCACCUUUUACCAGCUGAGCCACUUCCUGCAGUGUGGUCCAGAGAAUCCAGACUUCCAGGAUCUGGACUGUAAGGUGUUUGAGUCCCCUUACCCUAUGACCAUGGCCCUGUCUGUGCUGGUCACCAUUGAGAUGUGCAAUGCCCUGAACAGUGUGUCAGAGAACCAGUCCCUGCUGAGGAUGCCUCCCUGGGAGAACGUGUGGCUACUGGGAGCCAUCUGCCUCUCCAUGUCCCUUCACUUCCUCAUCCUCUAUGUGGAGCCUCUUCCAAUCAUCUUCCAGAUCACCCCUCUGAACCUGACACAAUGGCUGAUGGUGCUCAAGAUCUCACUGCCCGUUAUUCUACUGGAUGAGUUUCUCAAGUUUGCCGCCAGGAACUACCUGGAGCCCGGUAAAGAACUGGAGAAGCCUGCCAGCUCCAAAGGCUGCUUCCUGUCUGCAUGUAUGGAGGGCAUCUCCUGGCCCUUCGUGGCCAUUUCCCUCCCCUUGGUUCUCUGGAUCUACAGCUCCGACACUAACAUGGCCGACAUGUUCUGGUCCUGACUGACUUGAGCACAACCUCGACUUUUCCACCCCCUCCCACCACCAUCACCUCCCUCUUUCCUCUCCCCUCUCCCCUCUCUGCCUUCCUAAAUGUGCAUAGCUAGCGUGUGUGUGCGUGUUUGUAGAGUUAGUGUGUGUGUACCGUGUGUGUAUGAGAAGGACCAACUUUAACACAUGAAACGUAACAAAUAAUAUAAAAUGUUAUAAUUAGAAGUAUAGAAGUCACCUGGUUUGAGUUGGAAUAGGAUCUGAGAACGGGUGAGGCUUUAAACGCGAGUGUCAGAAGACCAUCACUCCCGUAGCUGUGGACUUUGUUGCUGGUUUAAAACGAAAUAUACUUCAGCCAUUUUUUUUUUCUUACUGUCAAUAUUGCCUUUAAGGUUGAUAUUUUUAAUGAUUUUGGAAAUAUCAUUUGUCUUAUGUCACUACUGCAAAUUGUUUUGUUUAGCAUCCCUCUUCAAGAAAAGAAAAUUUAAGAUAUCAUAAAUCAGUUGAUCUGUACAGAGAUUGAAUUUUAUGCAACUUUUUUUUUUAAUGGCUUUGUAAAUCUUUUGACCAGCGUGGCUUAGACAUACCGCCUUGAUUUUGUUUGUUUUUGUUUUCCAAUGUUUACCAUUGUGUCUUCAGUAUAUACUCAAAACUCUUUCAGAGAGGACGAGCUCUGUGUGGCAGACGAGGACGGGGGAAAGGUUUGGGAGUGAACGUUUGAAUGCUCCGCUUAAACAAAAGAAAAAAGAAAAAGAAUUCAGAAAAAAGCAAAAACCGCAUGUCCUGUGACAAAGCAUGAACUCUAUGUGGUUUCUCAUUUCUAAUUUAAUUGUGUGUGCCCCCCCCCUCUUUAAUGUUAGAAUAUAAAUUCAAUUCAUGGAUGUGUUUUGGUUUUUUUACUAUAAUGAUUUGAAAAGAAGCCAGUUUUUCUGCACUGGGCAGAGCACAGCUACCUCAAUAUGAUAAAAAGAUUUAUUUUUUUUGCUCAUCUCUAGAUGCUCUUCCUAAAUGGUAUUGCUAAAGCGUAACAUCUGAGGUGUGCCCCUAUUUGCUUGUGCAGAAAACAGAACAAAAUGUUCCUUCCCUCUAACAUUUUUAAGGAUAUAUUUUGUUUAUAUUGAUUUUUGACACUCACUAACUUUAUUCGUGGUUUGCUUUGGAGACAGAAUAUAAGUGGGGAUGAUGUAAGUCAAUUACCAUCUCCAUAGUGUUUGAUUCAAAGGACAGUAAUAGUCUGAAUCUUAAGGAAAAAUACUAAUACAGAGAGUACUCCAAAUGAACUCCAAAUGAACUUGGAUUGCAAAUAAGAACCCAAAAUGUUGUUUUUUACUUCAAAGAAAAAUACACUCAUAAACCCUUUGAAUCAAA